AUGAUAGUCGAUAUCACUAUAGGCCGUCGGAAGCUGCUGGACUGCUCGAACCUCCACGCCGGAACGACCCCCUUCGAUGCAUCUCUCAAGCCAUAUGUUUCCAUAUGUACCGCUUCCAAUCUCGCGUUGCCGUUGCUAGUGUUCCGCUCGAACUACAAGCCGGCGUCCGGAAGCCAGGUCAUAUUCAUGAACUUGAGCCUCAAAGCUCAAUGA